ACGAAAACAAAACCCUAACCCUAACCCUAACCCCAAACCCGGAUCCCAAACCCCUCAAUGAACCCACCACCCCAACCACAACCGGCACCACCAACCACCACAUCCACCUCCGGCGAGUGCGGAAACUGCGGGACGCACAUCCGCCUUUUCCUCCACAACGUCCGCCUACGUGGCAUCCAGCGAAAGCUCUGCACUUCCUGCGUUCUUCGUCUCCACCCUUCAUCUUUUUGCCCAAUUUGCUUCACUUUCUACGACUCCAAUCCGCCCCACCCCUCUAAACGCCUUUCCUGCGCCAAAUGCGCCUCCUUCACCCAUUCACAUUGCGCCGCGCCCUCGUCACUUUCGUCCCCCUUUCUUUGCCCUCCUUGUUCAGACCCCACAACUUUCAAUUUUUUCAAAAAUCCCCCUGCAAAAAGCACGAAUAAAAACGACAUGCCGUCUGAAGAUAAUAAAAAUGUUCAUGUAAUUGACUCCAAGUCGGGCCCCGUGCUUCUCUGCGCGGCGAGAAUUGCUGGUGCGUCGAUGGGGAAGGCGGUGUUGGUAGCAAGAAUUGAGGCUGAGAAGAAGGCGAAAGAGGCGGCUGCGGCGAGGAAGAGAGCCAGAGAGGCCUUGGAGCAUGUGGGUGUUUUGAUAAGUAAGACAAAUAAUAAUUAUAAAGACAGAAACUUUGAUGGGUCUGGCUCUGUUCAGCACUCUGGGUCUGGUAAUGCUAGCAUUUUUAAUGUUAAUAAGAAGCAACAACAAAGCGUGUCUAUGUCUGUUUCUCCUAAAGAGUUGGUUAAUAAUGUCAACGUUAAUAAUAAUCGAUAGCUACAAUUUGUAGAAGAGAUCUCGGGAUUGAGUCCUAUGGAGGGAUUUGGCUUGAACUUGUUAGUUCGGAAAAGAAAUUUUUAGAAAUUGGAUAGCUACAAGGUAGAAUUUUAUAGUUUGAGUUGUUUUGUGUAAUGAUUGUUUUUACUUGUUCUGUGACUCUUUAUAGGUACAUUCAAUUGUUUAUCUUAUCAUGUGAAGAGAAUAUAGAGUUGAAAUCAGUAUUGUGUGCACAGUUGUAUAUUUUCUCUGCUCUUUUUUUUUUGUUAUUAUUAUUAUUUAGUGGGAAUAUAGUUGUACAUGUUGCGAAUCUUGCGUGAAACUCUGACGUAUUGAGGGGUUAGUUAUGUUGUCAGGCACUCCGGCUUCUGGUUUGAUCC